ACGUGCUGAAAAGCUGCAAGAUUCAAAUUUGGGUUCCGAAAGUCACACGAAUGAUCUUGAGAGAAGGCUUUCGUAGCAUAUUGUACCGUACCGUACGUAACGUAACGUAACGUACUUGACUUACUGUACCUCGAUUUUGAACAGUUAGCAAACGGCAUACUUCUCCAUUUGCGUUGAUUGCAUUGUGACCGCAAGCAUUGUCAAGAUUAACCAAUUGUCACAAAUCCUUUCUAGCAUCAAUUUUUUUUAAUAAUCAUUGAAGUACCCACCAUGUCGGACGAUACAAAGACAAUCCUUGACUUCUUUUUCGAUAAUGUGAAAAAGCUUGGUGCCAAGACUUUCUUGACCCAGCCUAUGGGCGGAGACGUCGUUAAGACUUUCAGCUAUCAGGAAGUUCUUGAUGAGGCCAAGAAAGUGGCUGGUUAUAUUGAAUCCAAAGGGUAUCCACCAAAGUCGCAGAUCGCGAUCUGCUCCAAGAACUGUGCUCAUUGGCUCAUUGCCGACAUCGGCAUCAUGCUUGCUGGUCAUGUCUCUGUCCCAGUGAGUCUUGAAUGCUGCGAUGAAUGGUUCUCGGAACCCAUUGAUUAGUGUUUUGACACCUUCGUUGUUUGGUUGAUUCAUUGUUAUUACGUGAGAGUCUCACGCUUGCUUCUAUUUUGGUUUCAAUGCAUGAAUAGGUUUAUCCAACACUUACCGCCGAAACUACGGGCUACAUUUUGGAACAUUCUGAAUCCAAGAUGGUUUUCAUCGGAAAGCUCGACGAGAAGCCUUGGCAAGAAAUGAAGGGAGGAAUUCCCAGUUCAAUCGAUGCCGUGUCUUUUCCUCUUUGUCCAAAGGACACCUUGCAUGCCAAGAAGUGGGACGAUGCGAUUGCAUCGAGUUCUCCCAUUGCGAGUCCAGUCUCUAGAACUAAGGAUGAGAUGGCCACAAUCAUUUACACGUCUGGAAGUACCGGAAAGUGAGUGGAACCUAUUCAGUUGAAUGACAUUGAACAACUUGCCAUAGUUUUUGAAAAUGGAUAGGAUUCUUUCAUCAAUCUGAUUUGCUCAACACUCAUUAACUUUCUUUUUUAAAAUGUCCAGGCCUAAGGGUGUGAUGACGUCGUUCGGAGCCAUGACCGACACGACGAAGGGUAUUUGCAAAGAACUGAGCGUCACCAGCGACGAUCGUUAUCUCUCUUAUUUGCCAAUCGCACACGGUAUGGAGCGUUGGUUGGGAAUGGUAAGGCGGCACCAUAUUUUUACU